UCAACACUUACAACAAACAAAACACCUAAACAUAAUUAAAUUAACUAUUACAAGUAAACACUCAAGAACAUGGAGGAGCAGAGCAAGAACAAGAACAAGAUCAGCGAAGAAGAAAAACAACUUCAUGGGAAUCGAAGUCGACCAAAGGGAGGACUAAUUACCAUGCCCUUCAUCUUCGCGAACGAGAUAUGUGAGAAAUUGGCGGUGGUUGGGUUUCACGCAAACAUGAUAAGCUAUUUAACAACACAGCUUCACCUUCCUUUAACCAAAGCAGCCAACACUCUCACUAACUUCGCCGGAACUUCAAGUCUCACUCCUCUCCUCGGUGCCUUUGUCGCCGACUCCUUCGCCGGCCGCUUCUGGACCAUCACUUUUGCUUCCAUCAUCUACCAAAUCGGGAUGACACUGCUAACGAUAUCGGCAAUAAUACCGACGCUAAGGCCACCACCAUGUAAAGGAGAAGAGGUUUGUGUAGAAGCAGACACAGCACAGUUGAGUAUUUUGUACAUAGCUCUUCUUCUUGGAGCUCUCGGGUCGGGUGGGAUCCGACCCUGUGUUGUUGCUUUUGGUGCGGAUCAGUUCGACGAGUCGGAUCCUAAGCAAACCACCAAAACCUGGAACUACUUCAACUGGUACUACUUUUGCAUGGGAGCAGCAGUUUUAGUGGCGGUGACGGUUCUUGUGUACAUCCAAGAUAACGUUGGGUGGGGUCUAGGUUUGGGCAUACCGACAGUGGCUAUGUUCUUAUCCGUUAUUGCUUUUGUCGGCGGUUUCCGGCUUUACCGUCACUUGGUUCCGGCGGGUAGUCCAUUUACCCGCCUGAUCCAAGUGUCAGUCGCAGCAUUCCGCAAAAGGAAUCUGCGGAUGGUUUCUGACCCAAGUCUUCUCUAUUUCAACGAUGAGAUUGAUGAUCCUAUCUCCUUAGGUGGUAAACUCACCCACACCAAACACAUGAGUUUCUUGGACAAAGCAGCGAUUGUGACGGAGCAAGACAAUUUGAAACCGGGUCAAAUCCCUAACCCAUGGAGGCUAAGCACAAUCCACCGGGUCGAAGAGCUCAAAUCGGUGAUCCGAAUGGGUCCAAUCGGAGCCUCCGGGAUCCUCCUAAUCACAGCCUAUGCUCAACAAGGAACCUUCUCUCUACAACAAGCCAAAACCAUGAACCGUCACUUAACCAAAUCAUUCCAAAUCCCAGCCGGUUCAAUGUCCGUCUUCACCACCGUCGCGAUGCUCACCACAAUCGUCUUCUACGACCGCAUCUUCGUCAAAAUCGCCCGGAGAUUCACCGGUCUCGAGAGAGGCAUCACGUUCCUCCACCGCAUGGGGAUCGGCUUCGUCAUCUCGAUAAUCGCGACGCUCGUCGCCGGAUUCGUCGAGAUCAAACGCAAACGCGUCGCGAUCGAGCACGGGCUUUUGGAUAAGCCUCACACGGUGGUUCCGAUCUCGUUCCUGUGGCUGAUUCCUCAGUACAGCCUCCACGGAAUCGCCGAGGCGUUCAUGUCGAUCGGACAUUUGGAGUUUUUCUACGAUCAAGCGCCGGAGAGUAUGAGGAGUACAGCGACGGCGCUUUUCUGGAUGGCGAUUUCGAUCGGGAACUAUGUGAGCACUUUGCUUGUGACUUUGGUUCAUAAAUUCAGUGCUAAACCGGAUGGGAGCAAUUGGUUACCGGAUAACAAUUUGAACCGGGGAAGGCUCGAGUAUUUUUACUGGUUAAUCACUCUGUUACAAGUUGUUAACCUCGUGUAUUAUCUUUGGUGCGCCAAGAUUUACACGUAUAAACCGGUUCAGGUGCAUCAUAGCAAGGAAGUGGAAAGUCCGGUUAGAGAUGAAUUGCAGUUAUCCAAUAGGGGUUUAAUUGAUGCAUAAGCGACCUUCGGGUUUGUAAUGUAAAAUCUACAGGUAAGUAAUGUAUCUAUAGAUUUAAUAAAAAAAUAUAGAAAAAUGACUUUGUCCA